GAUCGCUACAUCUCCCAUACCAAUCACUUUUCUCAUCCGUGUUGUGUUACCAGUCAUGUCUGCAGCUACAAGCAUAGAACUAUUCAGUACCAACAUUCCCAUCUCCGAACUACCUACUCCUACCCUCCCCAACAGUCCCGGCCCCAGUGACUUCGUCAUAUCAAACUGCUCCCCCUUUGGUUCAUGGAGCUUGCGUCCUGCGGACGUUGCACCACCCUACUGCGCCUAUAACCACAACGAAACCAUUCCCAAUCUAUCGUCAUGCUGCAAGGAAGGUGCUGAGAUCCAUGUUUAUGGGGGUUGUGUACAGUACUGCGAAGUAGCAGAAGAAGACCAGGAAGCUUGGAAAGAGUGUGUCAUUGACGUCUUUCCCGAGUCUGACGUCGAAGGCCACGGCUUUCCUUGUUACUUUGGUGAAGAGAAUGAUUAUCGUAAUCAGAGUACCAGCGGCGAGACUGCGACGCCGACAGAAAGUGCGGCGGAGCAGAGCGAAUCUGCGAGCCCUGAUGACGACGAAGGUGCAGCGAAUAUGAACCGACCAUCUUUGACGAUUGUAGGAUGGAUGGUGGCUUUCCUUGCUGUAGGUGCAGGCUUCAUGGCUUAAGCAGUACCCUUUGCUUGUGCUAGAAAAAUGAAGACACCAUAUCAUAUGUCAUAUACAUCGAUGUACCCUAUGCAACCCCAAACGCCAAUGGUUAUCCACCCCGAUCCAACCGAACCCAGGGUAUCAUUGUGUUCAUACAGUCGUAAAGAAUCGAACAUGAAACAUAAAAACGCAGCUUAAGCGUUUGCUUGAACCACCUUGAAACCUUCCGAAACCAUUUUCUGUAUCUCUUCAUCCUUGUGCUGAAGUUGACCCAAUGCGUACGCGACGUCGUUCCACUGCCUUUCAUUCUCUGCUCGUGGGAGCCUGGACGCAAGUUUUGCGGAUAGCUGUUUGGCGUGUUUGUC